AGCGCCCCCGCGCCCCCCGAGCCCUCCGUCGCCUCCCGGGGGCCGGGGCCGUGCGCGCCGCGUCCGGGCCGCGGGGGCCGCGCCGAGGAGCAUGUCUGCGGACCCCGAGAUGGAGAAGAGCAUCAAGGAGACCUCCAUUUUAGAAGAAUACAAUAUUAAUUGGACUCAGAAAUUGGGAGCUGGAAUUAGUGGUCCAGUUAGGGUCUGUGUGAAAAAAUCCACCCAAGAACGAUUUGCACUGAAAAUUCUUCUGGAUCGUCCAAAAGCUCGGAAUGAGGUACGUUUGCACAUGAUGUGCGCCACACACCCAAAUAUUGUGCAGAUUAUUGAAGUGUACGCUAAUAGUGUGCAGUUUCCUCAUGAGUCCAGCCCAAGGGCUCGACUCCUAAUUGUAAUGGAGAUGAUGGAAGGGGGAGAGCUAUUUCACAGAAUCAGCCAGCACCGGCACUUUACAGAGAAGCAAGCCAGCCAAGUAACAAAGCAGAUAGCUUUGGCUUUGCAGCACUGUCACUCACUAAACAUUGCACACAGAGACCUCAAGCCUGAGAAUCUGCUCUUCAAGGAUAACUCUUUGGAUGCUCCAGUUAAGUUGUGCGACUUUGGAUUUGCCAAAAUUGACCAAGGAGACUUGAUGACGCCACAAUUCACCCCUUAUUACGUAGCACCUCAGGUAUUGGAGGCACAAAGAAGGCAUCAAAAAGAGAAAUCUGGGAUUAUACCUACCUCGCCCACACCCUACACUUACAACAAGAGUUGUGACUUGUGGUCCUUGGGGGUGAUCAUUUAUGUGAUGCUGUGCGGCUACCCACCUUUUUACUCCAAACAUCACAGUCGGACAAUCCCAAAGGACAUGCGGAGGAAGAUCAUGACGGGAAGCUUUGAGUUUCCGGAGGAGGAAUGGAGCCAGAUCUCAGAGAUGGCCAAAGACAUUGUGAGAAAGUUGCUGAAGGUCAAGCCGGAGGAGCGGCUUACCAUUGAGGGGGUGUUGGACCACCCCUGGCUAAACUCAACUGAAGCUCUGGACAAUGUGCUGCCAUCUGCCCAGCUGAUGAUGGACAAGGCAGUAGUUGCUGGAAUCCAACAGGCUCAUGCAGAACAGCUGGCCAACAUGAGAAUCCAGGACCUCAAAGUCAGCCUCAAACCCCUGCACUCUGUAAAUAAUCCCAUUCUCAGAAAGAGGAAAUUGCUUGGCACGAAGCCAAAGGAUGGUGUCUAUAUUCAUGACCCUGAGAAUGGAGCAGAGGACUCCAAUGUGGCACUGGAGAAGCUACGAGAUGUCAUUGCUCAGUGUAUUCUCCCCCAGGCUGGUAAAGGAGAGAACGAAGACGAGAAGCUGAAUGAGGUGAUGCAGGAGGCGUGGAAGUACAAUCGGGAAUGUAAACUCCUUCGGGACACCCUGCAGAGCUUCAGUUGGAACGGCCGUGGAUUCACAGACAAAGUGGAUCGACUAAAACUGGCAGAAAUUGUGAAACAAGUGAUUGAAGAACAGACAGCUUCUCAUGAGUCCCAAUAGCCACAGCCUUGGAAUAUUAGUUUGUUUUUGUUUUAUUUUUUACAUUUUGAAAAUUUAUUCCUUAACUGUACAAAGUAAUUUUUAUGUAAAUUAAUAAAUCAUAAUUUCAUUAAAUUUCCAUUCUGCUGAAAGAUGCUGUAUAGGUGUAGAUACAAGAAUCAUUGGUACUGUAAUAUUUUUUUAAGACAAGCUCAGUUCUUAGAGAUAGCUUAUCACUUCUGUAUUGUUCAUUUGUAUGUCUCUCAGGACGGGUGAUGUCACCAAGAUCCUUUGACUUGUAAUAGAUACAGAGUACUGUGCCAGUGCAGAGCAGCUAAGCAGUUUCAUGGGCCUUUCUGCUCUGUAAAAGCUGGAACAGAAUUGUGGAAUAUAAUUUCAGAAGGGCCCUGUGUGCUCUCCCCUGAACUAUCAGGGCCUGGGACAGCUGGAGCACCAGAGAGGGGCAGCUCUGUUGGCUUUGACCCCAGACGGUCACGGAGGGAGCCCAGCAAGCCAAUCCUCAGCCCGCCUGACCUCUGAGGCCAGCGCCAUUGGGCUUGCCCCAGGGUGAGGGAUUUUUUGGUGCAGAACUUGUCUUAUUUCCUUUCCUGUUUUUCUCCUGGUCUUUCUAGGGUGGAAUAGUAAGGUCCCCUAAAGUUUUCUCUUUGUGUAAUGGUUAGGAAUGAAAAGGAUUUGAAUAGUUUAGUAUAAAAGGCAGAUUCUAGUCCAUUUAUUUGUUUUAUGCUUGUAGGUUCCUCAAAUGUUCGCCUUGUUUUUCCAGCCCUGAAUAUAAAUUUAUCUCUCCCUG